CUCCCCAAACAUAAACAUAGAUUUGAAGGACUUGGAGACUUAACAGAGUUGGCCUAUUCUUUGUCCCCUUUCUCUCUUUCUGUCUGCCUUUUUUCUUUCACCACAUCCUCUGUAGGACGCUGGUGUCUAUAAGAGAUUCCAUCCCAUGGCUGAUUACUCUGGGGAAUCAGGACCUUUACCCUGUGAAUCCUGUGAUAUGGUUUUCCGCUCCUGGGCUUUGUUGGCCACACACACCAAAAGAUUCUGCAUUGGCCGGAUGACUCCGGAGGUAACACUUAAAUCACAGCCUUCAGUAGCUAUCGGACAGCAAGGCACCAAGAUUAUGGCACAAGAACAGAGCCGUGAUCAGGAGGCCAUCACAUCUGCUCUAAAGAGGCUCACAAAGGAGACUGCAGGGAACCCUGGGGAGAGGCUGCGAGCCUUGCAGGGAACCCGGGCCAGACGCGUGGCGGAGACGGAAGCGCAAAGCUGGGCCCUUGAGCGUCGCAGCGAAGAACUAAAACGGCGCCUCCACAGCGUGGCUGGACCCAGGGCAGGAUUACCCCGCCCAUUUGUCUUGGAGCGAGAGCUCAGAGAACUCAGGGAAGAGGCCAGCCGGACGCGGGGAGCGCUGCAAAUGCUAGGAGCGCACGUCCAGGCACUCCAGCCUCAGCCUUCCAACCAGCAGGACCCCCAUAGGGUAGUGGAAUGCUGUUGCCUGCCGCUACGGUCCAACCCGGAAACGCUGGCUGCAGAGAUCCGGGUCCUACGUGAGGCCUAUGUGCGCGGUGGAGGCCGAGACCCAGACGUUCUGGACAAAAUAUUGCAGUUGCAAGUGGAAGCAUCAGCCCUGGAAUUGCGGCGGUCGCAGAACCGCAAGGAAAAAGCAAGUGCCGCCUCUGAGGAGGUUCUAACGGUGGAAGCCGAAAACAUGCUCCUGGAGGCAGAAAUCCUGGCCUUGCAGAAGCAGAAAGUCCUGAGUCUGUCACCCUGGGGAUGGAGGGAUCUCCCGAGGAGAAGGUGUGAUAACUCUCUCCUCCCUCCACCAGUUGCACCCCCAGUACCACCACUUGCAAGUUCCACAAAAGCCCAGAACUUCCUUGAUACUUCAAAGAUUAUACUUAAUGGAACCAUGACAAGAAAAUUGGGUCUGGAUCGCCACUUCCUCCUACCAGCAUCAGAUGUUCUAGGUCCUGCACCCUAUGAUCCUGGGGCUGGCCUUGUCAUUUUCUAUGACUUCCUGCGGGGUCUUGAUGCUUCUUGGAUUUGGGUACAGCUAAUGACAAGCUUGGCCAGGAAUGGACAGAAUACAGGAGGGACCACAGCAUUACCUCCAGCCCUUUGCUUGCCGCCACCUUCAGCUCCUGGACCUAUGGGCAACUGUGCUAUCCUUGCAAGCAGGCAGCCUGUGCCCAGGCUGCCUCCAUCACCACUGGUAUCUUUAAUCUGUGAACUACAGGCUUGGCAGAGAGUUACACAGGCACCACAACCAAAGGCUUGGGCCUCACUAUUGCUAUUUGACCAAGAUCUGAGGGUGCUUAGUGGCCGUUGGCGCCUCCCCCUUCGGGUCUCUCCUAACACCAGCCUCAGCCUUGCCCAGAUGAAUGAGUUUCCCCAGGUAAGUAUAGAGGGUAAAGACUGGGUGUACUCCAAGAUUCCAAUGGAGUGCCACUUCCUUUGUCAGGUAGGCCAGGCUGAGCUCUUCCUGAGGCUGGUAAAUGCAAGAGAUACAGAUGCCCAGACAUUGACAGAGAUCAACCAAGCCAGUGCCCAUGAAUACCAGUACCCACCAAUGGUGUCCAGUUCAUCUUCGGUGGAAUCCAGUUUCUUCAUCCACAGUUGUGGCUUUGCUGACCCCCCACCUCCCACAGAAGAGGCUUUUGUCAGUGUUAAGGAUAAAGACGAGCACUUGAGUCCUCACCAGUUUUGACUGAAACACUAAUUUCCAGACCUGAAGCUUUUUAAAUGGUGUCUUGUAACAGUGAUCCUUAAAUGUGGCAAAAAAAUAACACUUAAACUAAAUUUCCUUUAAAUUAGUCAACUUGAAAAAGCCAA